AAUCCGGGGCCGAGUCCAACCCUCAUAACCCUCCCCACUCCAACGGACCGGGGACCCAUCUGUACAUUGGCCCCGAAUGUGUACCAAGUGGCAACGAUGGAUCGGCGACUGGGGACGAUGGUCGUGCCCUCGGGGACGGUGGGUGGAGUGUUUCUGACAGUGAGCAUCCUCCUCACGAUCAUCUUCUACGACAGAAUCAUCAUGCGCCUCAUCAAACGCUUCACGGGGAAUGGGCAAGGCAUCUCGCACGCUGGAUUGACUGCUUUCGCACCCGCGUUUAUUGAUCGUUACCUAUCUCUUUCUUCGAGCUCUGAAUGUGUACGCUUCUACUGCUGCCUCGUUCCUGCAAGAAGGUGAUGCUGCGGUUGCCAAUGGUGACUACACUACGGCGGUCCGUCAUUAUAGCAGUUUUAUUGAUUUGAGCAAUAGGCUACUCCAAGCGGUCGGCGGUUUAUGUACAGCAAAAAACAUACAAGGUAGCCAUCUAUGACUUGGAUAAAGCUGUCGAAGCUGAUCCAGUAUUUGUUCAGGGUUCUUUGAAUAGGGGCCGCCUUUUUCGACAGAGCUGCAGGUAAACUUCUCCACCUUUACAUAAGUUUUUCAAGGAAAUAUAUUCAGGGCUGGUUAUAGAGUUGCUACUCUACUGAGAUUUCUCGACAUUCUCGCGAGAUCCGGACCGGAGAAGUUCUUCGUCGUCGUCACCCUGGAAAGUAGAUGGUGAUUCCUGACACAUCGAUGGAUCUGCUCGGCGACGGUAGGCGGCGGGGUGUCACCGAAGGUCCGGACCUGGAUCCCGACCUGACGAUCGUGGUCCGCGAGGUAAGCUUUGCGGAAUCGAGUGAUCCAGCCCCAGACGGCAUCAGAAGGAUGCAGAAGAUAUCGGCCCAGCAGAUGAAAAACCGCUUCCUUGUCUCGGAACAAUAAAUCCAGCUCCGCGAGGAACUGCGAGACGAACAGCAACCCCGGCACGAAGUAAGCAUUUGAUCUCAGAAACAGCCACGGCUUCGAGUCCAGCUGAUCUUGACCUCGGUCGCAGAAAAACACUUGAUCCUUGUCGUCGGAGGUGUGCGUCAGAUGGACGUAAGAGAAUUCGGCCGUGGCUGUCGGUGAGGCGUGGUCGGAGACGCUGAAUUUGUGGCCGAAUCGUCGCGGAGAACACUCGUUCAAUGGCCGAGUCCAAUCCCGCGUGAUCUCUGUCGGAAGGAGCCACGAGGACCGGGGGAUCGGCUCGCAGAACAGCUCGCUCAUGUCCGUGCUCCCAUCGACCAGAAGAGUUCGGUUCGUGAGCAGCGCGUAUAAGAAAGUGGAGACGAGAGUCAUGAGUCUGUUCCCCAUGCCGCUGUAAGCGAUCCACACCACGUACCGGCAUUCGUCCCUCGAUCCAUUACGCGCUUCAGAGGUAUUUCCUCGCCUUGCGAAGUCUGCAUCCGGUCGAAGAAAUUCAUCCAUCGCUCGGCCGGCGCAUCGACGGUGUUGGAUCUCAUAGCUUCGCAGUUUCUGGACGAGCUCUCGGGACGGCUGCGGCUCGUGGCGGCUCUGUCUGUGUCGUCGUCGGUGAUGGGCUCGACUUGCACAAGCGUCGCUCUGGAAUUCAGAUGGCUCAGCCAAGAGACUCCUCAGCGUUGGAUCCACUCCUUCAUCCUCUUCUUCACUCGAUCCGUCCGAUUUGCUUUGAUCCGUCCUCAGAAACAGAAGUUGCUCGUCCGACAUGCGAAACUUUCUGAGAGAGACUGGGAACGAUGCGGACGACGGGUCAUCGUAGCAGGCGAGAGAGAACACGCUCGAAUACAGAGACAAGGCUGCGAGGGCGAAGAGAAAUACGCUUGCCAGUUGCAUUGGGACUCUGAUUUUGUUCUCGUCUGAUACUGGCGAGUGAACAGACUUCCUUGACAAAAAUCUGGACGAGGGAAGAAUGGAUCUGAGAACUUUGAUCAGAAAGACGAGAGUCCCCGACAGUCACAUCGACCGGGUGUCGGAGUGGGAACGAAUGAUGAAGCUGUGCUCCGUCGAGAGUUCAUUUUAUACUGGCAAUUGGGAUUUGGUGUAAUUGGAAAACGGGGGAAUAAUUUCAAACUAUUCCCCCGUUUUACAAGUACCGGAAUUUGCGCUACCUGCAGUUUUGAACCAAUUUGAAUCCAUCGUCUCUUAAACUCACCUCCCAUCAAAGCGAGGGCGGGAAGAGAAAUCUCUGAUGACCACUGACACAAGCAGCGUUAACUGACAACAUCCAGUCUGGUGACGUCGCUAAUUCUAAUCAGGGUUAAAGUGCACGAAGCUCGUAAACAGCCGCUGAAGCUGUUUUGUUCAUGGGGCAUCAACUCAUGGGUGUAGUAAGAAUACUCGUUCCCGUAGUGGAUCAUAACUGCUGGGGACAGAAGAAUGUGGAAGCCAGAAAGAACUAUCAAAUAAACUGAUGGAAGUAGUAUAGCUGAUCCUCGAAAUGCGACAAUCGGCUCUUCCGUGUUUGCUUCGACUCUCCGAGUACACCAAAAUACCCAUUUUUGAGAGCCUUUUCUCGGCCUAUCAGGUGCGUCUCUCGAAAUCGAAACCAUCGAGCUCCUGCUGCACCUUACAAGCGACCACAUCACAGUACGGCUGCAGUCCGCACCGAGAUUAUCCUUCUGCCGAGGGUGCACUCCCUAAUUCAAGCACGUUUGGAGGAAAUUUCCUUGCAAGAAGCCCAUUUUGUGGCCUCAGACCUGGAGCCCUCCUAACAAAAAACCGUCACAGGAUGCCAACCGUGAGCACCCUGUUAGGGAAAAAUGGCGACGAGGAGCUGUCUGUUUUCUGUGUUGCGGCGAUUCUUGUGCAGAAUCGAAACAAGUUGCUGAAGGAGGUUCAAUCAAUGGAUGAUGCUAUUAAAAUGUUCAACGACAUGAACCUCACAAUACGUGUUCAUAGCAGCAUGCAUACAGCCAUCAAGCUGCGGAAGAAGUACCGUAGUAGGGUAAGGUCUUCUACCAUCGGGGCAAAGUUUUCACUGCAAUAAGUAUUUGGCGUGAGACUUCAUAUUAUGGGAGUACUUUUCUACCGUAAGAGAGUUUGUGCUGGAGGCGCAAGGGUGUUGGUCCUGUUCACCACUGUACUCCUGUAAUCCAUCCGUCAGACAAGUAAACAAUUUCUUUCUGCAAGAUGAAGACCCAUGUCUUUGUGAUUUCUCCAUUGGGAUAUUGAUCUGAACUUUUGAACAGAAGGAAAUACUGUAACCUGGGAAAGAAGGUUUCCUUGUCUGAUUGUGUUGGUCCAAAAAGGAUUUAAUUCAGAUGGCCAAACAUGUCAUUCUGGAAGUCUUGACGGAACACUGAUCUUCUCCAUCUAGUCAUGAAGCGUGACGAGUCAAGCAGCAGUUUGUACCUAGAUUUAUUGUACAGGACCUGCUUGCCUUCUUUAGUUAUUCUUUUGACGGGGCCAAUAAAUAUGUAGAUCGCUUGUGGAUGUAGUGUGUCAUACAUGCGUUCCUUAUCAAGAUUAGGUAGCCGAAUCUGUCGAAAAGUGUUGUACUUAUCACACACACGACACCUUCCGUUGUAAGCCUUUUGUAUCACGAACAUAGCUCUCUCGCUCUUAUUUUAAUGCGUACAUCAAGGAGAAUCAACGCG